AAAAGGGAAACUGUAUGUGUCAGUAUUGCCUAUAUGUUUGUUCUGUUCCGUCAAAUCUCUCUCUCAUUCGCAUUCACAUUCACAUUCACUCUUUCUCACUCACUCACUCGUUCAUUCAUUUGUACAGUCUGGUCGGCAACCGAAAGAAGCUUCAGGUGGCUAUAACACUUCAGACAUAAAACAAAACACAAACCUCAUCAAAGUCUCAUCUCAAACAGUACUGUUUCUUUCUCUAACCAAGUCACAACCUUUCUCUCAUUCUCCGUUCUCUCUAAGAAUUGGGUUGAGACUUAAAACUCUUUUAGAAGAGUUGCGUAAUCCGGAUUUUUCGUUAUCUUAUCUUGAUUGAAAGUGUUCUUACUUGGGAAAAGUCAAGGACUUGAGUACUAUAAAGGCUUUGGAUUCGAACAACAAUGAUUACUGUGAUGGAUUCUGUGAAAGAAAUACCAAUGAGAAACUCCGACAAGAGCUUGGAUUCUCAGCUAUGGCACGCCUGUGCUGGUGGGAUGGUUCAAAUGCCACCCAUUAACUCAAAGGUCUUCUAUUUCCCUCAGGGCCACGCUGAACACGCUCUGGGAGGGAACGUGGACUUUGGGAAUUCUCGGAUUCCUUCUCUGAUUCCCUGCAGGGUUAAUACUAUAAGAUACAUGGCAGACCCUGAGAGCGAUGAGGUUUAUGCUAAGUUAAAUUUAGUACCUUUGAGAAAUAAUGAAUUGAAUUUUGAGGAUGAUGGGUUUUUAGGAGCUAGUGGGGUUGAUCAAGGGCAAGAGAAACUUGUUUCUUUUGCUAAGACUUUGACACAAUCUGAUGCAAACAAUGGUGGGGGUUUCUCUGUGCCUCGUUAUUGCGCAGAGACAAUCUUUCCUCGUUUGGAUUAUAACGCUGAGCCACCGGUUCAGACUAUUUUAGCCAAGGAUGUGCAUGGUGGGGUAUGGAAAUUUAGGCAUAUUUAUAGAGGGACACCUCGUCGUCAUCUUUUGACUACAGGGUGGAGUAAUUUUGUGAAUAGGAAGAAGCUUGUUGCUGGGGAUUCAAUUGUGUUUUUGAGAGCAGAGAAUGGGGAUCUUUGUGUUGGGAUUAGGAGGGCUAAAAGGGGUAUUGGUGGUGGAAUUGAGUACUUGUCCGGUUGGAACCAAGAGGCUGCUAAUUGUGGCUCUACUUUUGGGGUAUAUUCUAGUUUUAUGAGGGAGAGUAAGAAUAGUAGUAAACCAAUGGAAUUAGGGGGAAAAGUGAGGAAUGAAUCUGUUGUAGAAGCUGCAACUCUUGCUACUAAUGGAAAGCCCUUUGAGGUUGUGUACUAUCCGCGUGCAAGCACGCCGGAGUUUUUUGUUAAGGCCUCUGUUGUGAGAGCUGCAAUGGAAAUUCACUGGUCAUCUGGGAUGAGGUUUAAAAUGCCUUUUGAAACUGAGGAUUCCUCUCGGAUUAGCUGGUUCAUGGGAACCAUAUCUGCUGUUCAGGUCGCCGAUCCUGUCCAUUGGCCUGAUUCUCCAUGGCGUCUUUUACAGGUCGCAUGGGAUGAGCCAGAUUUACUCCAAAAUGUGAAGUGUGUCAACCCAUGGUUGGUCGAAUUGGUAUCAAACAUACCAGUCAUGCAUAUACCCACAUUCUCACCACCAAGAAAAAAGAUGCGGUUUCCACAGCAAGCAGAUUAUUCCCUAAUCAGCAAAUUCCCAAUGCCAUCGUUUUCCAACAACCUCCUUCAUACCAGCAGCCCCUUUUGUGGAUUUUCGGACAAUAUUCCUGCAGGCAUACAGGGAGCCAGGCAUGCUCAAUUUGGAAUAUCUUCAGAAGAUCUCCACCACAACAACAAAAUGCACUCAAGUCUAUUUCCAACUGGUUUUCAGCAACUUGAUCAUGCUGCUACACGUAGAGUCCCUGGUGGCAACUUUAUUGACCAUGCUGAAAAGAAUGAUGCACCUUGCUUGCUUACAAUGGGGAAUACAACCCGGAGUUUGAAAGAUAACAAUGAAGUAAAGGCGCCCCACAUUGUAUUGUUUGGUCAACUCAUUUUCACUGAGGAGCAGAUUUCUAAAAGCUGCUCUGGUGAUACAAUUGGAAAUAGCUCAUCAGAUAUGAGUCCUGAGAAGGCGGCAAACUUCUCUGAUGGCUCUGAUUCGGUGUUACAUCAAAAUGUUUCAUUGGAAAAUUCUUCAGAUGGAGGGUCUCCCUGGUACAAAGAUCACCGUAAUAAUGAUCUCGCUUUAGAGCCAGGUCAUUGCAAGGUUUUUUUAGAAUCAGUUGAUGUUGGUUGGACACUAGACCUGUCCAGCCUUGGUUCAUAUGAAGAACUGUAUGUAAAGCUGGCCAAAAUGUUUAGGUUGGAGAGUUCACAAAUGCUGCUUUACCAGGAUGCACUAGGUGCUGUUAAACACACAGGAGAAGAAAGCUUUAGUGAAUUCGUGAAGACAGCAAGAAGGCUAACUGUUCUUACAGAUUCAGGCAGUGACAACAUUGAAAGUUAGCAAAUGAGUAGCAUUUGUUUAUUGUACAGCUGAAUUUUCAACUUUGGUUGUUUUGAUUAUCACCUAACUACUCAUGUUUUGGAGAGUUGUGGGAAAUCUCACUUCAUCCAAUUUUGGAAUAUUGUAGCUUAGUUUUAGUUGUUUCCAAGAAACGAGUAUUGUAUUGAUUUCGAUAAAUGCCAAAUUCCAUUCUGCAAA